AUGCGCCACAGUGUGGCUCUAUGUCUGGUCCUGUUAAGCGUCUAUUUGCUGCUGGCCCAUGAGCACAGCGUUGCGGGCAGUUCCGCUUCCAACUACAACGACUACUACUACAACAAUGCGAGCGUGAGGCAGCUGCGUUUCCACGAUUUCGAGCCGCGACUCAAGAAGGACGGCGAGGAGAGGGGCGAACGUGAAGCACGCGGCUUUCAUUUCAGCGCCAGCGGCGAGGAUGUCAGCGUGGAAAUGGAGUUCAUAGUGCCCUUUGUCAAAGUGCCCGCCAAGCGCAGCAUGCAGCUGGCCCGCGAUGCUGUCCAGGGUCUGCUCAAUCUGCGCACCGGAGCACUGCUCAACACGGCGGUCAUUGUGGCCGCCGGGGCCAUUAUAGCCGGAAUUGUGCGUCUGGUGCUGGCGCCGCUGGUCUUUACAUCCAUUAACAAUGCCCAGGGCUAUGGCUACAGUGGCAAGCAGUACGAGGAGCAGCCAACGGGCAGCAAUACCAUCAGCCGUGGCAUGCGUAGUCUGACCCAGGUGCUGGAAUCGCAGCUGGACGAGCACAGCAUCGAUGUCUCUAGCUGUGCACAGCGCGCCAUUUGCCACUACUUGCAACACAAUGCGGCACAGUCGCAGCGCCUUAACCUGAGCCCAUCAAAUGCCGCCAGGCUCAUCGAUGUACUGGCCAACUCACGCUGGCUGGACUCCCAUCUGAAUGGCACCGCCGUCUUUAGCGCCAUUGACGUGGCACGCAGCAGCCGCAACUGUGGCCAAAUUCUUAUCCUGGCCGGCGGCGUGGGCAGCAAGGAGGAGUCUGAGCAGUCCCAGCAGGAGAACUCUGGCUCCACACGUGCAGCAGAGCACAAGCAGCAGAAGAACAAUCCGGGAAUACGUCUGAUAUCCUUUGACACCGUUGACAAGGACAUCGCCCUGGGUCUAAACUAUCUGAUGCCAUUUGUGGAAGUGCCCGUUCAACGCAAACGAAACGCGCCGCCCAAGCCCCUGGUCAUCGUGAACUCCGCCGCUAUCGUCAGCUGCAGCCUGGUGGCCGCGGGCGGCAUUCUCGUGGGUCAUUUGAUACGCAACCUGGGCCUGGAGACCAUUGUUCCGGAUGUCAAGUCUGAGGACUCUGCCAAGCACACAGCGCGUAGCCUGGUCGAUGAGGAGCAGAGUUUCCUACAGCUGUUCGAUAACUUUAAGCUGAUUUAUCGGAAUGCUAGCGGCGAUCGUGUGGAGACUGCACUGCCCAGUCUUAUGAGCACCAUCGAGCGCACCUUUUUGGAGAACGACAUUAAUCUGCCCGUUUGCCUACUCAAGUCAAUUUGUGCGCUGACCCACAAGACGGGUGAGAAAGUGCGCAAUGGUCAGGCAUCGGACUUAGAGCUGAUGUUCGAUGGCGCCACUAGCUGGAACUGGCUGCUUUCCUGGCUGGAGCAGUCGCCGCUACGCGAGGCCAUCCAAGCGGGCCGCAUAGCUUCCCCACAUUACUGCCACAUCAAAUAUCCACGCUGCAAGUGGACAGCGCCCGAGGAGCAACUACUCGACCUGCUUCACAAUAAUGUUAAAUUCAAAUAA